CACCUCUCCUCGUCCUUGGCCCAGUCAAUCAGGCUCGCAAGGCUGCAUUGCACUUUUUCUGUUAAAGUGUACAAGGCACACCUUGCCCUCCCCCUCCCCCCGCCUCCGAGCCACCGCCAGAACAAGGCAAGACGAGGGUGCAAACCGAGGUCCACAGUCUCGCCUUCACACGUCCAGAUCGUCCAUUUCACCCUCUAGUCCUACCUCACCCUACUUGCAUCGCCUCCGAAGUCUUAGCUCGCUCGGCCCCUCCCCUUGAUCCUCCGGUGACCGACCCGGGGGCGCUGCCAUACACUCGCCGCAUCUUUCUACGCGAGCUUCCUCUCUUCUGUUUGCCUACAUUCCUGCUUGCUUGUCUGCCUGCCAGUCAGCGAUCCUUGCCUCUGUCUUCUCCCCCCCCCCAACCCGGUGACACCUCAGCUCCAUCGCACACAGUUCAAAAUGAUUGCGCGAUUCCUCGCUGCGGUCGUCCUUCUAGCUGCCUUUGCAUUGGCUCAAUCCGUCCCAUCCAUCGCACCCUCCUCCGCAUUCAGCACGACACCGAACAACAUGCCUGCAACAUUCAACCCGACGACGACAUUCAGUCAAGCCGUCUCACCCGUACCGACAACGCUAACUGGCGUCGGGCCAGCCCUGACGACCGGCGCGGCGACAUUCAGCUACCUAAUCCCGACCGAGUCGAUCGAGGGGUACAAGCCGACCUCUGUCUACGCCAGCCUGGCCAGCGCCGGCCUGCCCACCAACGCGUCGGGCCCCAUUGUUGCGCCUGCCGACCCGGACAGGCAGAUCAUCAGUCCGAACGCCGCGAGCAGCGACAUGCGCUCGCAUGCUGUCGUCGUCGGUGCUGCUGCCGCGCUUGCAGGUGGUGCAGCGCUCUUCUUGUGAGGACGCCAUCGCAGUCCUGGGUCAUUGUCUUGAGCUUGAAGAAAGCAUGGAGCGGAAAUGUAUCGGCCGACGGCUCGCAAUAGGUGCAAUGUGCGACGGGCCUGCGCGAUGCGCAUACAAUACUCCGACCACUCACGUCGCGCACAUCAUUCAAUUGCUGCAUCGAUUAGUGUCUGUUACCAAGACUUCACCCCUCUCCACGGACGAUCAGGCUGUGGAGAGCAUUACCCCUGCCCCAUCUUCAGUGUAUGCCGCGCAGCAAUGCGCCAGCAGCGCACAACGCCGCAUCUAGCCCGCGACGGUGCUCCUAGGUCAUGCUCCUCGCGGCGCAGCGUAAUAUCAUCCAUCCUCGGGCUUGCAUUCCAUCUGUGGCAUCGACGUUUGUACCAUUUCAUCUUUUAUUCUUACCUUGCUAGUCAUGCUUUCAGACGGCCUUUCUGCCUCGCUGUACUGUGAGAUGCUGUUGGAUAUACAUGCUACAUACAAAUCC